AUGAGAAAAAGAACUGGACAAAAGGAUCUUGUGAGAGCUGCAGUUACUAGAUUUGCAACUGCUUGUUUGACAUGUCAGAGCUUAGUUAGGGAUAAGGAUGCAUUGAAGCAUUUGUUUAUUUCUGAUGAGUGGAAGGGUUAUAAUUUGUCAAAGACAGAGGCUGGAAAGAAAGUGGAAGAAACGGUGUUUGCUGUACCAUUUUGGAACACUGUGGAUGAUUUUAUUAGAGCAUCGAAGCCACUUAUUGUUGUUUUGAGGAUUGUUGAUGGUGAUGAGAGGCAUGCAAUGCCUGAAGUUUAUGUUGCUAUGGAAGAGGCAAAAAAGAAAAUACGUGAAUAUUUAGCACAUAAAGAACGGCUGUGGAAGAAAAUUAUGAGUAUCAUUGACAGGAGUUGGGAGUGUCAGAUGGAGCAUCCAUUGUAUGGAGCCGCACUAUUUCUUAAUCCCGGAAAAUUUGUCAUGUUCAAGGAAAGUGAAGAUGGCGAACUGAUUGCCAAUCUACACAUCUCAUUGGUUGAUGUCAUGACCAGAUUGGUAGUUGAUCCUGCUAUACAAGACAAGAUAACUUUGCAAAUUGAUGAUUAUAGAUAUUCAAAGGGUUGUUUCGGGAGGGAUAUGACGAUUAGACAACGGACAACCAUAAAUCCUAGUAAGUAA